UUCAAAGUCAUUAGAUUUACUAACAUUUAAUGUUGGACUCAUUCAGGCAACUGCAGUGAGUUUUUAAAAGAACAAUACUGUACAUGAGGGAUCACACGACUUUCUUCCCCUCCAUCCCCAGUAGGAAAUGUGAAGUUAUGUGAUGGCAUCACGCGGGAGUCAGAAAAUCCGGGUAGUCAUGCGCUAAUCCGGUAUUUAAGGUUCACUGGUUUGGGGAGAAACAGAAGCAGUGGCCUGGGCGCAUGGGAGGUUGACAGAGAAAGUAAUUCCUGAUGUGUUGAAGUGAGACAUGUUCAUUUAGGAUAAAGGGUUAGUUGAAGUGCAUAUUUGCAGGUAAAUAUUCAGUCGGUAAAACUGACUCCAAGCCAGCCGCAGUCGUGCGUAAAAUUUGGUAACCGUUUUAGGAUAAUGUUUCGGUGCUGCUUUUUGGUGCUUGUGGGCGCGGUGGUCGUGAGCGCUCAGUUCCCCAGAGAGUGUGUGACACCCGAAGGGCUCAGGAGUGGACGGUGCUGUCCGUCGCCCUCUGGACUCAUUAACGACCCGUGUGGCUCCAGCACGGGGCGCGGACAGUGCGUGCCAAUCACGGUGGACGCGCGCCCGCACGGCCCUCAGUACCCGCACGACGGACGGGAUGAUCGGGAACGAUGGCCUAUCCGUUUCUUCAACGGUACCUGUCAGUGUAACGGAAACUUCAGCGGUUAUAACUGCGGCCGCUGCAGACACGGAUGGACAGGGGCCAACUGUGACCAGAGAGUUUCUGUUGUAAGGAGAAACGUGAUGCAGCUCAGCGCGGACGAGAAGCGUGCGUUCGUGAACGCGCUGGACCAGGCCAAGCGCACGGUGCACCCCGACCUGGUGAUCGCCACGCGGCGCUAUUCGGAGAUCUUCGGGCCUGACGGGAACACCAUGCAGUUCGAGAACAUCACCAUCUACAAUUACUUCGUGUGGUCCCACUACUUCUCGGUCAGCAAGACGUUCCUGGGUGCGGGACAGGCCAGUUUCGGGGGAGUGGACUUCUCACACGAGGGGCCCGGUUUUGUUACUUGGCACAGGUACCACCUGCUGCAGCUGGAGCGAGACAUGCAGGACAUGCUGCAAGACCCCUCCUUCGCCCUGCCCUACUGGAACUUUGCCAUCGGCGGAAGCACAUGUGACAUCUGCACAGAUGACCUGAUGGGAGCCAGGAGCAGCUUUGACAUGAAUUCCCUGAGCGCCAACUCCAUCUUCUCCCAGUGGAGGGUCAUCUGUGAGAGCGUAGCAGACUAUGACACACUGGGAACCAUCUGCAACAGCACUGAGACCUCUCCCAUCAGAAGGAACCCAGCAGGAAAUGUCAACAGGCCGAUGGUCCAGCGUCUCCCAGAGCCCCAGGAUGUGGCGGACUGUCUGCAGGUUAACACUUUUGACACACCGCCGUACUACUCCACCUCCUCUGAAAGCUUCAGAAACACAAUUGAAGGCUACAGUGCCCCCCAGGGGAACUAUGACCCCGUGGUGAGGAGCCUCCACAACCUGGCCCAUCUGUUCCUGAAUGGGACAGGAGGACAAACUCAUCUCUCACCCAAUGACCCUAUCUUCGUCCUCCUCCACACCUACACCGACGCUAUAUUUGAUGAGUGGUUGAGGAGACACAGUCCAGAUUCAGCUGUGUAUCCGGAAGAAAAUGCCCCUAUUGGUCACAACAGGGGCUACAACAUGGUGCCUUUCUGGCCUCCAGUGACCAACGCUGAGAUGUUUGUGACUGCCCCUGAAAAUCUUGGUUACUCUUAUGAAGCUGAAUGGCCAGGUCAAGCUUUCACUGUGACCGAAAUCAUCACCAUGGCAAUAGUCGCUGCCCUCGUGAUCGUCGCAGUCAUUUUCGCCGCCACCACAUGUGCCGUGCGUGCCCGGUCUUACAAGAUGGAGGGCCACCAGCCUCUGCUUGGGGAUCAGUACCAGCGCUACGACGAUGAGAAAAGCCAAUCUGUAGUCUAAGAUCAGCGUUCAAACCUCUUCUCUUUACUUUUACAGUGACACAGCUGCGCAGUUUGUUAAAGUCUGAAUCUGUUCUCACCGAAGAGCAUGUGUAGAUUCUUGAAUGCUACAACGUGAUAGGAAGUAAUCUUUUUGCUGCAUUCAUGUCCCUCUGUCAAAAGCUGGUGUAGUUAAUUUGUCUUUACAAAUAGUACAGAUGUGAACAAUUACUUUUACAGUUCCACAAUGAACACAAAGCACCAACUAAAGAUGCAUUUUUGUAAUGGACUAUGGCUUUGGAAAGAUCCAAUCUUUGUCAUUUUGAGAUUUCAGGAAAAUUAGAAAAUGGAAAAUGUGUUCAAAUAAAGUGAACAUGGACAACUGAAGUGUUGGUGUGAGUGAUGCCACCAGGUGGUGCUGAACCAGGCUUUUUAGAAAGACCUGUCAGUAUUCAGCAGUGAUGCCUUCUGUAGUUCAGUGUUUGAUGUUUCACUUAAAACGUGAUCACUUGUAAAGAAUGUAGAUUCUGAUAAGAUAUUCCGAAUGUUUUGUAACUUUCUGAACAAGUAAUAGAGUAAUACGACAAUAAUACAGGCAAAAUAAUUAAAAACUACACUUACAGGUCUGUAACUUCUACCACGUUUUAGGCUAUAGCAUUUUCUGUGUUUUUAUGACUUCACAGUUUAGUUUAGUUGCACAAUGGCAUCACAGAAGUGAAGUGUUAGUAAUUGUUGUAAAAUACACUGCCCAUGUAACAGAGCCGUAACGUCCACAAGGGGGUGCAACAGUUAAAUUUCUGAAACUCUGCAUGUACUUGUUAAGAGAGAUCUACUUUGGAGUGGACCUGUUUUUGUUUUUUAAGGACGUGUUAAGAUAAAUUGAUCCAAAUGGCCUUAAAUGUUUUUAAUGAAUGAAGAGUUAAAACGAAAAAACAGGGGUGGUCAUUCAGAAGAAAUGUAGCGAAAUGCAGAGUGGCAGCAGGUUGUAAUAAGACCUUACUUAACUGUGUACUUGCAGGAUCUGCAGCUUUUUUCCCCCUUUUUUUUGUAUUUUUUUUUUACUAAAUUUGUGUGAAUGAUCAUGAAUGCUGUUCUGUUUUUACAUGUAUGCCUUUGCCAAAAAGCUGCUGGAUCUGGGUGCAUGCCAAAUUAUUAAAACGAUUACAUUUUACGCCUA